AAAAAGAAUAGUCCUUCGGUUUCUCGUUGGGGCAAGGAAAAUUCGAAGAAUUUCACUUUUUUUAUUGCUUUAUGUUUACUUUCUUUCCGUCCCCUUUUACAAUUAAUAAUGAGAAUAUGAUUCUAUUAUCGAGGAAUUUACCUAUUUAGACCAGGUAACUAUAAAAAUACGUAUAAACAAAAAAAAAAAGAAAAAGAAAAAAGCUAUUAAUUUAUUCUUGUAUUGGUCAUAAGUACCCUUCAUUAUACAUAGCAAUUCUCCAUUGUUAUUCAACAAUUAUUAUUAAGCUUCCCUUGAGUGUUUUGAAUAAAUACAUAUAAUAUAGUUCCCAUAACAUCUCUGCAUCUUCCAGCGGCGUGUUUUUGUCAUGUAAUGCACAUCUUCACGAGCCAUUGACAGUAUUUUAUAUUCCUUUCCCUUUGCCUUUUUGAUUUCAAUCUUUCUCUUCCUUUUUCAAAUAUUGCCGCUUUUUCCCUUUCAGAUUUUCUUUUAAAAGUCCGCCGGAAGAUUGUGUUAUGAGCUGUAACACUCUAUUUUCUCUAAAAUGAGUCUUAACGUCUCCUGAUUUUUCUCCUACUCUCUAGUUGGACUCUGCUUUCUACCCACUUUCUACUUCUAGUGUAAUGGGUAAAGCUACAAGAUGGCUAAAGGGUCUGUUUGGAAUAAAGAACAACAACAAUAAAGACAAUUAUCACCGGAAAAACAAGAACCGGUAUAGUUCAGGUAGAGACUCACCUGGGUUAUGUUACAAUCCGGCUACUAUACCGCCUAAUAUAUCUCCAGCAGAGGCUGCUUGGAUAAGAUCAUACUACAAUGAAACAGAGAAAGAACAGAGCAAGCAUGCUAUAGCGGUGGCAGCAGCCACAGCUGCGGCGGCUGAUGCUGCUGUUGCUGCUGCACAGGCUGCGGUUGCAGUAGUGAGGCUUACGAGUCAGGGCAGAGGCAGUAAUACAAUGUUUGGUGGCGGACAAGAGAGAUGGGCUGCUGUCAAGAUUCAGACAGUUUUUAGGGGUUAUUUGGCAAGAAAAGCACUAAGAGCAUUAAAAGGAUUGGUGAAAUUACAAGCAUAUUUUAGAGGCUAUUUAGUAAGAAAACAAGCAACUGCAACUCUCCAUAGUAUGCAAGCUCUUAUCAGGGCACAAGCCACUGUCCGUUCUCAAAGAACCAGAAACCUGAAUGGAGCUGAUAACCGGUUCGAAGCUCGAGCUCGAAAAUCUAUGGAGAGAUUUGAUGAAACGAGAAGUGAACACACAGCUUCUAUUCACAGUAGAAGACUUUCAAGCUCACUAGACUUUCAAGCUACAUUAAUAAACUCCAUUGAUGGAAGUCCAAAAAUAGUGGAGGUUGAUACAGGUAAUAAUUGCAGGCCAAAAUCAAGAUCUCGUAGAACUAACACGUCAGUUUCAGAUUUCAGUGAUGACCCAUUUUACCAAACACUCCCUUCUCCACUCCCAUCAAGAAUUCCACCUCGUUUAUCGAUGCUCGACACUCGAAAUUUUCAAGAUUCCGAUUGGGGAUUAACAGGUGAUGAAUGUAGAUUCUCUACUGCACAAAGCACUCCCAGGUUUAUCAACUCCGAAAGAUUGUCUAAUCCUCCUUUGACACCUUCCAAGAGCGUUUGUGCAGAUAACUUGUUCAGGCAAUUUGGCAAUUUCCCCAAUUAUAUGGCUAAUACUCAAUCUUUCAAAGCCAAAGUGAGAUCACAUAGUGCUCCAAAACAGAGGCCUGAACCAGGGCCAAAGAAGAGAUUAUCACUCAAUGAGUUAAUGGAAUCAAGAAAUAGUAUAAGUGGUGUUAGAAUGCAAAGGUCCUGUUCACAAGUUCAAGAAGCCAUUAAUUUCAAGAAUGCUGUGUUGGGUAAACUUGAUAGGUGUUCCGAGUUUAUUAGAGCAGCAGAUAGAAAUUAUUUGCAGAGAAGGUGAUUGCUAAUUAGAUGUUAUAUAAGUCAGUGACAUAAUAUAUUUAAACAAACUGUAGUUGAAAAUUUUCUCAAUGCAUUCGAUUCAAGAUUUGCUAUUGAUGGAAUCAAAUUUUAAAUUUUAAGCGAA